AUGGGCCGUCUUCACUCCAAGGGAAAGGGUAUCUCCGCCUCGGCGAUCCCCUACUCGCGCAACCCCCCUUCGUGGCUCAAGACCACUCCCGAGCAGGUCGUUGACCAGAUCUGCAAGCUGGCCAAGAAGGGUGCUACCCCUUCCCAGAUCGGUGUCAUCCUCCGUGACUCCCACGGCGUUGCCCAGGUCCGCGUUGUUACCGAAUUUGCGACUGACUUUUCCGCUUCAGGCAACCGCAUUCUCCGCAUCCUCAAGUCCAACGGCCUUGCCCCCGAUAUUCCUGAGGACCUGUACAUGCUCAUCAAGAAGGCUGUCGCCGUCCGCAAGCACCUUGAGCGCAACCGCAAGGACAAGGACUCCAAGUUCCGCCUCAUUCUGAUCGAGUCCCGUAUCCACCGUCUUGCCCGCUACUACAAGACCGUCGGUGUCCUCCCCCCUACCUGGAGAUACGAGUCCGCCACCGCCUCCACCAUCGUCUCUUAA